AUGAGCCAAGAGGAUGAAGAAAAAGCAGGGCCGUCAUCGUCACAGGCGCCUUCGGCCUCAGCCAAAUUAAAAGCCGAAGGAUUGGCUAAUCUUUAUGGUAAUAAAACUGUGUAUCAAAGAAUUUGUUAUGGAAAAUUUUUGUUGUUUGAAAGCUUCAAGCGACAAAAAUCCGACCAAAAAGUGAAAAAAAGUUUUUCGAAGCAACUGGAAGUUCUAAAUUAGGUCAUUUUCCGAACUAAAUUUGUAAAUGAAUUAUUCAAAAUGAUCGAAUUUUGCAUUAAGACGACGAAGUCGAGGAGAAGGAGCCAGAGGCCGGCGGCUUGGACGCGACUUUCUUGGUUAGAAAUAACCCCGAGGAGGUUUUCUUGUUUCAAAGGUCAAUAAAUGGAAGAAUGUUCUCAGGUUGAGAAAUAUCAAAUACACGUACGCAAGCUGUUGAUAGAAGGCGAAGGAGAAGCGAUAGUGGAAGUCGGCGUCCCGAUAGGCGGCUCUAGCAAAGGUUUGGCUCUUGAUUUUUGAAGGAAUCGUUCAUUCUUCACGUUUUUUUGAUAUAUCAAACUGACAAAAAAGAGGUUUUCGAAAAUAUUGACGCAAAAACUUUUCAAUUCAUCAAGCCUUUCUUGGUUUUGGAAGUAUAUAUUUUAAAAAGAAGCAAAAAAAGUUUUUUUGCUUGAUAAAAAAAUAUGUAUUUUUCCCCAAGAUCUUCUGUGCCUUCAAAAAAAUCUUUAAGAAACCACAGAAACCUUUUUUUGUCUCCAAAUUUCGAGUAACGACAUUCCUCGAUGUGCGCCUUUAAUCUCCUAAAAAAAGCUUUUUAGGUUUUUUUUAGAAAUUUAGUUUUUGACGGAAUUUGUUCUCAUAACCUUGAAACAAUUUUUCCAGCAUCUGGAUUAACAGAAGAGGAUCUCAAGGUUGCCGUAGAGAAUCACAAGAAAAUCUUGGAGGUUCAAGAAAACUCAUCCAAAUAAAAUAACUGAUAACAUUUUUUAGAACGUACCGGCAAUCGGAACCCAGUUGCAUCAGAGAAAAACCGGGAAUAAGUUCACCGAAGUUUGGUUAUUACGCGAUCCGCCGAAGACCGAUGACUUUAUCGAGGUAAAGGAAAUAAAAAAGGAAAAAUGGAAUACAUGUGACUUUGAUUUAUCUUCUUUUCCUUAGGUAGAAACAAUUUGAUAAAGGGAAGAGGUUGAUCAAAAUUGAAGGUUAAAUAUUGUUAAAAAUUUUGAAGUUAGGAAAUCUAAGAAUCUUUCAUUUUCAAUUAUUUCGCUUUUCUAGCUCCGAGUAGCUGUUGUCGGCAAUGUCGACGCCGGAAAAUCGACGUUACUCGGCGUUUUGACGCAUAGUACGUUGGACGACGGUCGAGGAUUGGCCAGGACAAAGCUUUUCAGGUUAAUAAUCGAAAUUAUGACACCUUUUCAAGAAGGAAAACAAUUGAUAGUUUGAAGUUUGUUGUGUUUAACAAAUCACCUUUGAAGAUGAAAUGAAUGAGAUUGAAAUUUGAACGAAAAUGCUUCGAAAAUAGCAUUUUUUGAAGUCCAGUUUGAUUUUUUUUCAAAUUUAGGGACCUUUUUUCCAUAUUUAACGUAGAAUUUCUUGAAUCCAGAUGAAAAAAAAACCGUGUUUGAAUUCGUGUUUGAAGGUAUUUUACGGUACCAAAGAACAUUUUUUAAAUAUUCUGUGGUAGGCUUCUUUCAUACUUCAUUAGAACCAAAAAGUACCCAGAAAUGAUAAUUUUGUUAAAGACACAAGCACGAGUUCGAAUCGGGCCGAACUUCUUCCGUCGGCAACGAUAUUCUCGGUUUCGGAGUCGACGGACAAGUCGUCAAUCAGCCGGAUCCGCAUAAUAAUAAACUGGACUGGGUCCAGAUCAGCCACGAUUGCAGCAAAGUAAAAAAAAUUCCCCCGAAAACUGUAAAAUUCUUCAUUUUCAAGCUCGUCACGUUCAUCGACCUCGCCGGACAUGAAAAAUACCUGAAAACGACGAUUUUCGGCAUGACCGGACACAUGCCCGAUUAUACUAUGCUCAUGGUAAGGACUUGUGAAUUUUUAAAAGGCGAAAAAAUCGUUGACUUUGGUAUUUCACACAGGGAAAAAAUUAGACGGAUAAUCCUCGAAAAAAGUUUAAUAACUCAAAUUUUAGCUUUUUAAAUUUGAAAAAGCCCGUUUUCAGCUACUUUUCAUGAUUUUUUUAUUUAGUAUUCCGGUUCUCUUCUCCUUUCAAAUGAACCAAAACGAAUGCUUAAAAUAAUGCGCAAUAUUUUUUUCGAAAAAGUCUCCCAUAACUUUCAAAAGAUUUUGUCUCCUUUGCUCCGCCUUUUCAACCAUUUUUCCUCCAGAUCGGCUCAAAUAUGGGAAUCAUCGGAACGACCAAAGAGCAUCUGUCCCUGGCCCUUUCUCUCGCUGUCCCAGUUUUCCUUGUUGUUAGUUUAAAAAAAAAUUUAAAAUUGAAAAAAUUUUUCAACAUCCAGGUGACCAAGAUCGACAUGUGCCCGCCGCAAAUUCUCGAGGAAACGCUGAAAAAUAUCACUCGAUUAGUUAAAAGUAGUACUUUUUCUCUUGAUUUUGAAAUAAUUUGGAUUUUUUCAGGUGCCAGGAAGCUCCCAGUGACGAUUCGAACCAUGGACGAUGUGAUUCACGCGGCUGUCAAUUUUUCCCAGCAAAAGGUUUGGGUUAAAAUAAGGAUACGAUGAAAAAAAGUGUCAGUUGAAGUGAUAAAAAAAUAGGCAAUUUUUUUGAAGGAAAUUUGGAAUAAGUUUUUCAUUUUUUUAUAAUAUUUGUGUAUACACAGCUACAACGCCAUUUUAAUCAAUUUGAAAGAAAAUUUUCAAUUUUUUUCAAAAUGCUUCAAUUUUCUCAACAUUAUUGUUCCAGAGUCUGCCCAAUCUUCCAAGUUUCCAACGUUUUGGGAACAAAUUUGCCCCUCCUCCGCAGUUUCCUCAACAUUGUCCCGUUGAGAAGAACACUGUGCGAGAAUGAUCCUGCUCAUUUUCAGGUUAUUUACGAUGAAAAUUUACGAAAUCAGAAAUUGAAAAGAAAAAUAGUUAUAUUUUAAUCACUCGUACAAAAAACCUCGAAAAUUCAAAUCUCCUUCUUCGAACUUAUUUUUAAAAAAGUCGCUUUGAACGAAAAAAAAAUGAAGAGGAAUGACGAAAAAAAAAAGAAAAAUUUGGUUUGUUAUUCCGGGACCAACAAUAUAGGCAAAGUCGAAAAGGUGGAAAAGGCUCCAUAUAGGCCAUUCCGCGCCAGCUUGUCACGCUUUUCUUUCCGCCAAAAGGCCAGGUCAAAUUUUACCAACUUCGCUUCAAGACCUCUGUUUCUUGCCGUUAUAAAAGCAGAAAUUUGAUCUAAUUUGGUAUAAGGUCUUCUUGGCGGAAAGAAAAACGUGACAAGCUGGCGCGGAAUAAGCUAUAUAAGUGUUCCUUUCAAGGUGACGAUGACUCCCUUUUUGCGCCAUUUUUGCUGCCUCUCCCUUUCUCUACCACUUCUCGAGCCUUUAAAAUCCCAGAAAAAUGGAAGGCUCGAUAAAGUGACUUAUUUUGCUGCCUUUUUGCUGCCUUUCUGCGGCCUUUUCAAGCCUCUCUUUUUGCCGCCAUUAUCCACCAUUCCGACUUUGCCCGAGAAUAAAAGGAAGAUAAAUGAAUAAGAAAAGGAAGAACUAACUUUUUUCGACUUUCAGAUCAAAAUAAGUUGAUCAACUAUAUACUUUUCCUUCAGAUUGACGACGUCUACUGGGUUGAAGGCGUGGGAACCGUGGUCAGUGGUACAGUAUUGUCUGGAACCAUCAGAGUAAGCGUCUAGAAUCGUUUUUCAAUGUAAAUUUCCAAGUUUUCAGUUGAACGACGUCUUGUUCUUGGGACCCGAUGGUAAUGGAGAUUUUCAUCCGCAUCCGGUAAAGUCGAUCCAUCGGUUCGUUUGAUGUUCAUUUUUUUAAGGUAUCAAGCAGAGCCUAAAAUUUCCAGACGCUGCUUAAUAACUGAAAGACUAGUUAUUGAAAAGUAUCGAUAAGAUUUUCGGGUGUAAACUCCGACAGAAAGAAGAAAGAUCAAGGCAUUUUUCUCUAAAUUUGAACAAAAUACGGUUUCAACAGUUGAAAGAGCCGCAUAAUAUUGUAAUUAUUUCAAAUUGUGACCUUUUUCAGCAAAAGAAUGCCCGUUUCUAUUGUUCGCUGCGGACAGUCGGCCUCGUUUUUCUUUGAGGUAAAAAGACAUUUUUUUGAAGGGUUCUAUUUUCAAAAAAGGAUCUAUUUUUUCAUGCUGCAUUUUCACACGAAAAAAACAUUUUUUUCUAGAAAAGUUGUGAAGAAAGACGUCAGAAAAGGAAUGGUCAUGCUGGAUCCGAGGACUGAUGCGGUUGCGAGCAGAUCUUUCGAGGCUGAGGUGAUUAUUAGACAUUUUUUCAUAUAUUGUCUAUUUUCGAGCUUACUUAGAUGAUUACUUAUAAAACGAAAUUUCAAAUUUAGAUACUAAUCCUUCACCACCCGACGACGAUCAAGCCAAAUUAUCAAGCCAUGCUUCACAUUGGAUCGAUAAGACAAACGGCCACACUUCUCAGCAUGAGCAAGGCAUUAAUUUUCUCAAUCUUAGUAUUUUGCGCGAAACAGUACGAAACAGAAGAAAGAGAGCUAUCUUAAAUGCAUUUUUUUUCUCGCUUUUGCUUCAAAAAAAUUCAAAAAUAAAUAUCUGCAAUGGAACGUGGAAUGAUCGCUGAAAUUCCAUUAAAAUGGAAUAUUUAAUAUUUUUCAGGAAGUCCUGAGAACAGGCGAUCGUGACAAGGUCAUGUUCAAGUUCAUCCGCCAACCUGAAUAUAUUCGACCAGGUGGGAAAAAAUCUACUUUAUAUUAACGUAUAAUUAUGCGCCUUUAAGAAAAAUUACCAAAAUAGCACAAGUUUUGUCGGUUCAUAUACAUGUAGUGCAGUAGAUUAUAAGACCGAAGUUUGUCCAAAUUUUCUCCGAUUAUUUUACUGUUUCAAGGAACUCGAAUGGUUUUCCGUGAAGGCCGAACCAAAGCCGUCGGUACUGUGCUGAGCGUCGUUCCACAAGAAUCUUUGGCCCAACAGCGAGCCAAGGGAAAGGAUCGGAACGUCAAGAACUGUUGGUUUUCACGAUUAAGUAACCCGAAAAAAUGGCUCGAAAAUAGCCUGGAAAGAAAUGGUCGAUUGAAAAAAAAACCGCACAAAAUUAAUCAUUAACCUUCGUAUGGCAAUAGUGAGCUAGAAACUGAUUUGUAAAUUCUGUCUCAAUAUUUUUCUUGGAAUAAUUCCUUCAGUCAAAAAAGCAACUGAAAGAAAAUGUUCUUUUCUUUUCGUUACUUCGGUCGGUCUCUAGAAAAUGGCUCUUACACGUGUUAGAUAUCCUGCCAAAAAUAGAUUGGAAAGUAGCUCCGAAAGGUUAGCCGAAUUUAAUAAGCUCCACAAGAAUAGUGUACAUAUUUAUCUAAUCUUGUUCAUUUUUUGCUGAAGUCUGAAAAACGGAAUCAUGUUUGGAAUGAAUUUCGAGAUUACUCCGUGUUUAUAUUAAACAUGAAACGAAAUUUCAAUCUCUAGCUAUUUUUUCGCAUGUCAUUUUUUUUUGGCUUUUUCUCCAGCUUUCCUAGUCAGAAAACCGCGCAAUCUGAUUGAAAAUCUCAUCAGAAAAAUCAAAAUUUCAGUGACGAAACGCGGCGGACCGAAGCCUCCGAACGGGAAACCAAAGAAAGACUCCAAAGACGACAAACAAUCGACACCUGAAACUUCCGAAUCUUCAAAGGCUCCGGCUUGA